UGAAAGUGCCUGAAUUGUGUAUCGUGCUGGGAUUCCUAUCCAGCUGUAUUUAACUACGGCUGUUCUCAGUAACGUGUGGGCAAUAGUUUCCGGACACGUAUAAAAAUAUAUGAGGCAUCUGGCAUAACUGCGGGUUUAAACCUCGGAGUAAUUACAUUGUCGUUAUCAGAACAAGCUAGCGUAAAAACCUGCGUACAACACCACGUCUGUUGAAUUCAUCUGACCUACAUUCAUUUGACCUACACCAUAAGUAAUAUUUAUCAGUGUAAAAUGCCCGUGGAAGUAGAGAGGAAAUUUGUGUGUGAUUCAGAUAUCCAAGGGAAACUGAAGAAGAUUGGAGCUGUUUGUAUUGGUCAAUGCCAAUUCAAAGACCAGUAUUUUGACUUGGAAGACUUCACCUUAACACUGAGAGAUUUCUGGCUGCGCAAGCGAGAGGGCCAUUGGGAGCUAAAAUGCCCUGCAUCCUCACUUACAGAACCAGAGCAAAGAGCAGAAGCAAUGUGCACUAAUUACAGAGAGGUCAUGGAUCUAGCUCACAUUAAAGCUGAAAUUAUGGGGAUAAUAGAAAACUGCCCAGGAGCUGUUGAAGACAUAUUAGACUCAUCACAGAUGAACCAACUUAACAGUGACAGCAAGGAAGAAAUGUGGCUGAAGGAAUUAAAGCUGCAGUGCUUUGCGGAAUACACCACCACACGAUGUUCUUAUGUACUGGAUGAUGGAGAGGAGGGCAGAGUACGAGUUGAUCUGGAUCAAGCUGAUUUUGGCUACUGUGUGGGGGAGAUUGAAGUUCUAGUUUCAGAAGGAGGCAACAUGCAGUCUGCAAUGCAGAGGAUUGAAAUGACAGCUGAGAAAUUAGGUCUUGCUGGUGAGAAGAUUCAGGGGAAAAUGCAUGUAUUUCUUCAGAGAUAUCGCCCAGACCACUAUGCUCAGCUGGUCUGUGCUCAUGUUCUCUGAAGGAAUUGUAACUAGUGUAUAUUUAUCAUUAAGUAGUAAUGUAUACAAGCUGCUAAAUGUGAUGUAAUGAUAAUCUUUAUUUCCAAAGGUAUGUGAACACGUCUCGUAAUUAUUAAGUUAAGGUGUUUCCACCCCCAUGCUAACAGGCGUAGAAUAUCAAACGCAUAGACAUUCAGUCCCUAUAGAAAAACAUUUGUAGUAGAAUGGGUCAUAAAGACAAGGUCAGGUGCUGUUGUAAAAUGGAAGCAUCUAGGAACAAUAACAGCUCAGCCAUGAAGUGAUGCACCAUGCAAACUCACAGAGCAGGUCCACUGACUGCUGUAGUGCAUAGCACAUAAAAAUCGCAUAUUCUCUGUUGUGUCACUCAUUACACUAUUUCAAAAUGCCUCUGGGAGCAAUGUGAGCACAAGAACUGCAUCAGGAGCCAUGGCCAAGCCUAUAAUCACUCAGUGCCUAUUGGCUGGAGGGAUGUAUAGCAUGUUGCCACCGGAAUCUGGAACUGUAGAAACAUUCUUUGGAGUGAUAAAUCACACUUCACUCUCUGGCAAUAUGAUGGACAAAUAUGGGUUUGGUUUGGUGUAUGCCAGGGGAAUAUCUACCAAAGUGCAUAGUGGUAACAAUAAAGUUUGACAUUGUGGGCAAUAUUCUUCCAUGUUUGUGGCAAAAGUUUGGGGAAGACUCUUUCUUGUUCCAGCAUGAUACUGCUCCUGUGCACAGAGCGAGGUCCAUAAAGACAUGUCUUGAUGAGUUAGAAACUCCUGUGGCCUACACAGAGCCCUGAACAUCUUUGGGGUGAAUUGGAACACUACAUAAAAAUGUAUAAUAAUGCUUUUGGGAUUUGAUGUCCACAAUGCCUGUGUAAGAGUGACGGUUAGAUGUUCACAUACUUUUAGCCGCACAGUAUAGAUCAAAAACUGAGCUUCUAUCUACAUAUAUCGUAUGCUUUCCUACUACUGAUCAACUGUACAUGCAACCAGAGGGGCUACAGACUGUAAUCGUAUGCUUAUACAUUUAUUAAAAGCUGCUUUAUAAAUUGUACUUUAUAAAGUGGCUAUAUGAGUGUAAUUACCAGGGGUCGGUCAGAAGAGCAGGGUUUAUUAAACUUGGGUCCUUGAGUUGGAAACUUAUUAAAUUAAUUGUUUGAUUAAUUAAUUCAAUAAUAUUUUCAGCAAUUUUUUUAAAAAAUUAUUUUUAUACCAACUUUUCUUCAUUAAGAAUUUUCCACAUUAAAAAUAAAAACAAUUACAAUUGUCCAAAAACAAGUUUGGUGAUGGAUAUGCCUAACGUUUCUGAGAUGUUCUUUUCUUUGAUAAAUUACAAGAACACAGAAAAAAGUAUGCACUUAAAAGUAAAUGUUAAUUUUGCUCAUUAAAAA